CCUAAGGAUUUGUUGUAACUGGUUUUGGUUAAGCACCGGCCACCGCCUUAUGCACCUCGACAGAGGCUCACAGACUUGCGGGAUAUGCAUGGAAUUUAGCUGCCAGUAGAUUCUCCUACUCUACUUUAGCUUCGGAACAAUAAGAUGGGGAUUCCGGCCAUAAUAAGAUUGGGUUGCGUUAAAGAGCUUCCAUCCGUUGGACAAAUAGAAAUUGAUACGUCAAGAGGAUUUCUGUGAAAAGAAAAGAGAGUAUUGCGCAGGCUAAAAUUCAAUCGAUUAAAUCUGAAGUUCACCUACUUUUCUUUACGUCCAAGCUCCCCGAGUGCAGUACGCAGGUAAAGACUAAAGGGAAGCAUCUUCUAAGGGGAAGCCUGUAUACGUUUACCAUGAUAUUCUUGCUUUCUAAGUACUGCCACUGGAGCUGUUAAGUCAAAAUGAUUGUCGCGGGCAAUGAUGAUGCUUAUCUUAUUAUGGCCAGCCUUUGGCCUUUUCCCAUUCUAAGUAUUCAUUGACUUUCCCAGCGAGGAUUUCCCUCAUUCUUUGCACAUUAGCAUAUCAGUGCCAGAUAUUGCACGAGACAAUAAUGAUAAGGCCUAUCCAACCAAGUCCCACUCAUUCAGAGGUCAAUUGCCUCUAUAAAACAUUGUUAUGGUUUUCCCUAACUACAUAACGCAUCCAAAUUUCAUGAUUCUUACAUUUGCUUAUACGUAGCAGACAAAUAUUGCACUUUGGCACUCCUCCUGGUCACGGUGUUCCCAAGUACCAGUAAAUAUUGCUCAUGGUUUUCAAUUCCGUUCUGCCCCUUGGCUUCUCAAAAUCUGAAAACUCGUCUUGGUGGAUCUAAAUUUGGCUGCCUCCCAUUGGUGUUUGUCAUUGAGGAUUUUGGUUGUGAAGGUUCCAGGGCCUAGGCAUUCUGAGAUGGGUUCUAGCAGGGACCAAAGCUUCGAUCGGAUUGGGAUUUGGAGCAGUUGAUGAGAAUUCCCCAAAACAGGAAUUUGCUGGAGAGCGUUCCAGGGAAUAAUAUGUUCUAGAGCAUUCCAAAUGGAUUUGCAGCUAGAGGAUAAGAAUUAUUGCUCACAGGUUAAGGAUGCUUUGGUCCAGUUUGACACUGCUCUUUCUUUGGACCCCAAUCCUAUGGAAGCCCAAGCUGCGCUUUAUAAUAAAGCUUGCUGCCAUGCAUACAGAGGGGAAGGAAAUAAAGCAGCUGAUUGUCUGCGUACAGCUUUGAAGGAAUACAACCUAAAAUUUGGUACCAUUCUCAAUGAUCCAGACUUGGCCUCUUUCAGGGCUAUGCCUGAAUUCAAACAACUACAAGAAGAGGCCAGGCUAGGCGGUGAAGAUAUUGGCUAUAGUUUUCGGAGAGACUUAAAACUUAUUAGUGAAGUUCAAGCACCAUUCCGUGGAAUUAGGAGAUUCUUCUAUAUAGCAUUUACUGCAGCUGCAGGAAUUUCUAUGUUCUUUACUGUGCCCAGGCUAUUUCGUGCUAUUAAAGGUGGGGAUGAUGCUCCUGAUCUUUGGGAAACUGCUGGGAAUGCCGCCAUCAACAUUGGAGGUAUCAUUGUUCUUGUGGCUUUAUUCUUGUGGGAUAAUAAAAAAGAAGAGGAACAACUUGCACAGAUAUCACGAGAUGAGACACUAUCAAGGUUGCCUUUGCGCCUUUCAACUAAUCGCAUAGUAGAACUCGUGCAGCUACGGGACACAGUUAGACCAGUUAUAUUAGCAGGGAAAAAAGAAACAGUAUCUCUGGCUUUGCAAAGAGCAGAGAGGUUUCGCGCUGAGCUCCUUAGACGUGGUGUUCUGUUGGUUCCUAUAAUUUGGGGAGAAGGUAGGGAAGCGAAAAUUGAGAAGAAAGGUUUUGGUCUUCCAUCAAAAGCUGCUGCAUCUCUCCCGUCCAUUGGAGAAGAUUUUGAUGAGCGAACCCAAUCCAUAGUUGCAAAAUCCAAGUUGAAAGCUGAAAUUAGGUUCAAGGCUGAGGUUAUAUCGCCAGCAGAAUGGGAAAGGUGGAUAAGGGAUCAGCAGAAGGCUGAAGGAGUUACUCCUGGUGAAGAUGUCUACAUUAUACUGCGGUUAGAUGGCCGCGUUCGAAGAUCAGGGAGAGGUAUGCCUGACUGGCAGCAAAUUGUGCAAGAGCUGCCACCAAUUGAAGCAAUACUAAGCAAGCUAGAAAGAUGAGGAUUAUGGAGUAUUAAUAUUCCGUUGCCUGUUCUUCUUCGAGAAUUUGGGUGGUUACAAGAAUCUCCUAUCUUUUGCCCAAGCUUUGUUCUAAUCCCGUUGGCAUCAUCCUGGAUCACCAGAGAACCUUUCCUGGAUCCUUAAAGCUACUUAGUACUUGCGACGAUAAUUUUAUCUCUGCAAAAUUAUUUUCUGAAAUCUGUAACGUGAAUAGUACAGUUCAGUCCAAAGGGGGGGAAAAAACAAUGAUACAGGUGAUACUAUAUAUGAAGAAAGUAAAAGGAUACUUUUCUUUUGGCCUCAAAAGUAGGAGACUUGAGCAUUGCUUUGUAUGCAUUAUUCGAGAAAUCCGUAUUGUUUAAUUUAGGUUCCAGCUGUAUGUAGACGGAUUUCCCUUUUCUCUCUACCAAAUCUUGCACCCACUAAAUUCAUUGAAUUUGCUAAACGAUUUUGCUUAUUUAUCAAUCUAUUCAUUUUA